AACUUUCCGUACUUUCCGUACCUGUCUUUCCUAAGUGUAAAUGAAUUGACAUUUAAUAUUUUAAGUAUACUCACGAAAAUACAUGAGACGGGCAGAAUCAUCAGCAUCAUUUUGAUCUUUAGGAUUUAAGUUUCAAUUCUAAUUUCAACCACGUCAUUACUAUUUCACAUCAACAAAUUCCUCACCUCGGAAGCUUUACCACCUGCCACAACACCACCACAAUAACUACGCUCAUUCAGCAAAACAUCAAAGAUGGUAAGUACUUGAUAUAUAUUUCAGUAUAUCUAUGUCUUCUAAUACAUCUCAGGGAGGAGGUGCUAAUCUACCCCGUCAGUCAAGAGACUCAAAUUCAACCGUCGAACUUCUCAUCCUAGGAGCGGGGUGGACAUCAACUUUUCUCGUCCCACUUCUUCAACAAAAGGGAAUAAACUAUGCCGCUACCACUACUACCGGUCGUGAUGGAACUUAUAAAUUCCGCUUUAACCCAGAUGAUAGUGAUGGAAACAAAGAACAGCUGUGUGAUGUUCCAACUGCAAGGUGCAUUUUGAUUACUUUCCCUCUUAAAGGAAAGGGACAAUCACGAUCUCUCGUUGAGCAGUAUUCGGAUACGCAUUCUACCAAGUCUUUUGGAGGCAGCCCGGCAUCAUUUCAAUUCAUCCAAUUAGGAAGCACAGGAAUUUUUGAUAUUCCAGGUCAAAGUACAUGGGUUACUCGCCACUCAUUGUAUAAUGUUGCUAAUGAUCGAGCAAUCGCUGAAGAUGAACUUAUUGAAUUGGGUGGAUGUGUGCUCAAUUUGAGUGGAUUAUGGGGUGGUGAAAGAAAUGCAAAGCACUGGAUUGAGCGCGUAGCUAGCUCAAAGGAGAUGUUGAGCAAUAAGAAAAGUUUACACAUGGUACAUGGACUUGAUGUUUCGAGAGGGAUAGUCGGUGUGAUUGGCAAAUGGGAAAAAGCAAAGGGUCAAAGAUUCGUGAGUCUUCCGCAUUACUUUUCCGCUCUUUACUGACACCAUCAGAUGUUAACUGAUCUCAUGGUUUAUGAUUGGUGGGCAUUGAUAUUAGGGUAUGCUGGUGAAAUUGAUGAGGAAACAGGAGAUGGAAAAAUGGAGGGUAGGCAAAUCAAAUGGAUUGGUGAAUUGAUGAAGGAAAACAAUGUGAGAGCUUUACCAAGAUCAAUGGAUGUCUUGGGACGAUGUUAUGACUCGAGAGAGUUCUGGGAGAGUUUUGAUGUUAUGCCUGUAAGAUCAAGAAUAUAAUUUUGGUGGUAGCAUUGACUUAUUAUGAACACCAACUUCCGUCUAUCCACAGACCUAUUUUCUCCCUUUCUUGA